UGUAAAAUUUACAAUACAUAUUAGAGAGAUGUGUUAGAAAUUGCACGUUAUAGAACAUAAAAGCGUUGGACGAGUGCAAAAGUUUCAACGAAUUUUAUGAUAGAAAAAUGAACUGAGUAAUUUUAUUAAAAAUAAUUUGUGUAAUAAUUUGUGUAUUAAAAUUAAUUCUACAUUCUACUAAAUAAUUUCCAUUGUUUUCUAUUACCCUUUGCUGUGUUGUACUUGAUAAAGUGAAUAAAUCAUUUUAAAUAAAAUUUAGUUUUUCAUAUAUCACUGCUUUUAACUAACGAUUAUAUCAGUAUCACUAUGGUGUGCUGGCUGACAUUGACGUGUCGCACGUGUUGUAAUUGUGAUGUUUAUACGUAGGACCGCAUAUGUGUAAUGUGAAUUGAUGAAUUGUGUGACAAUUGUGUUUGUAGAGUUUGUUAAACAUAUUGAAACUAACCUUGAUUUUUAACAAUGCAAACACAAAUAUUAAUUUCAACACAAAGUAGUUCUUAGUAUGUUACAUAAAACAAAUAAGAAACAGAUAACAUAGCUUCUUCUCACAAGAUAGAAAAGAAUCAUGGAUCGUAGCAAACCAGCAGUUGGUAGAGGAGUUAAAAGUAAAAUUGCCCAACAUCCUUCCGAUUUGUUUGCACUGGGAUCAAAAAGUUCAAGGAAUGAAACCUCCGAUUCGAAAACCAGACCGGGUGUCAUCAAACCAAGUGGUAGUUCUAUGACUUCUGGUGAUAGGAAAAAAGAAUCGCCCUCUGGAUCACUUCAGUCAUUUUCAUAUAUUCCACAAAAGAAGCCCAAGUUAGGUCAUGGUAUUGGUUCCUAUCAGCGGCAACCUUCUUCCAGUGCAGAAGCAUGGGAAGUUCUAGCUAUAGACACCGAUCCCGCAGACUUUGUACCUAUGGCACUCGAGGCUAAUGAUAACGAUGAAGCUGACAAAGUUAUCGGGAUAAUAUGCGGCGCAGUUAAGACACUGAAGAAUCAAAAAUGGAAACCCGAUAUGUUAAUUUACAUGGGCUUGUUAUAUUUAGCGAAAAUUCGCCCAUCGAUUUUCUCAAAUGAUUGUAUAUUACACGCACUGUCGUCUCUCUUAAAGAGGGAUCAAGCUUAUAGCUACAAGAGUAAGGGAAAUCCACUGGUUCCGGUACUCGCGGCUAAUCUUUUAAUGAAAGGAUUUCACGAUAAAAAGAACUGGCCGGAAAUAUUUGUGAAGCUCUACGUUGAGGAUGCUCUUGGUGAGCGCGUGUGGGUCGAUCACGAGGAAUGCAAGGGUUUUGUCGACAAUAUCUUGACCGGUUUUAACACAAGGCAUCCUCCUAAAUCUGUGUUGCAACCAGAAUUUCCAGUGCUAAUGCAACGAGACUGUCACAGUCCAUCUACAAUAGAUGACGAAGAUCCUACGACAUCGGCAACAUCACUGUCCGGAGAUAAAGAAAAGAUUGAGUUUCCAGUUGGUCCGCGAUACGCGCAUUGCAUAGAAAACAUAGAAUCAAUAGUUCUAGAAGCCGUGAAGGAGCAAUUGAACAGACGUCAGGCUGAGACUAUACAUCCAACGAGAAAUUUUUUAAAGCUGCUUUCUUCAGCGUGUGGGUUCGUUGAAAUCAGAUAUAUCGCGGUGCCGAGGCUCGAGGUGUGGCUGCACAAUCCCAAACUAAUGAGACCGGCUCAGGAACUUCUUAUGUACGUUUGCUACAAUUGCACGUCUCAUACUCAGAGAGACGUCGAUGUGAUAAGCCAAUUGGUGAAGAUGAGAUUAAAACCUAAAGCAGUUGUUAAUUUGUAUCUGAACGGUGUCAAGGAAUUGAUCGGUCUACAUCCGGAGAAUCUGGCUACUAUAUUGAAACAUACGAUUUACAACGAAUUGUCGAACACGCGCAAUCCGAACAAUAUGCUCAUGCUGAGCGUGAUGUUUCAAACUUUGCCGGAACGUGCAGCAAAAUUGCUCGCGGAGAUAUUUCAGGAAUUAUUGAUGAAAAACGACGAUUAUCUGAGACCGUUGCGCGCAUUGCUUCGUGAAAUCGUACGCGUGUGUCGCAACGACAUCAAUCUAAUAGUAUUCGCUCGAAUGUUGAUGGCCGAUAAUUCGGACCUGACUCAAAAGUUGAUAAAUUUCGAGUUUAAGGAACGUAUGUUCAUGUCGAUAGUGGACCUCUUGUGUCUGUGCAUGCUCUUAGGUAUAAGCCCGCAAGUCAAGGAGGCGGCGACGUUGUCGCAACGAGCGGACAAAAAAGACGUAGCUGUGCUGACCCAGUUUCAAACUCUUGUGGGAGCGAUACAAUACGAGGCGGUGAUAUGGCUGCAGAGUUCGGCGCAGCAGAUAUACAGCAUCGGACGAAAUCGAUCGGCGCAGCAGAUGGACAGUAUCGGACGAAACGAAGUGUUAUUGCACGCGAUGCGCAAGGUCCUGUUUUUGGAACCAUCCGAGAAUUAUUACAAACUGGAUAAUUGGCCGCCGGAAUCAGACAGAUUAUUUUACAUACGACUGGUAUCCGACGUACCUCUGUUGCAAAGCACGUUGUUAAGACUGUUGCUGAUGGGUAUAAACUCAAAGGAUACUGAUAUUACCGCUUCGGAAGCGCUGGAUUUGACCGAUAAAUUGAUUCAGCGCGCAGCGGCUAAUUCGACGGAGAGCGUUCCGAUGUUACAAGUCGACAAAACAGACAUAGUCGAAUAUAUUUUUGAUCUCAGCAUUUAUCGUCCACUGGGAAAAAUAAAUCUACCUGCUGGAUACGUGGCUCCAAGAUUGGCGAUAGCUAAUCUUUACUGGAAAGGAUGGAUAAUGUUAUUAGUUCUGGCCGCUCAUAAUCCAUCCACAAUUGGUUCACUAGGAUGGAAACGAUAUCCUAUACUGAGAACUUUGAUGGAAAUGUGUAUCACAAAUCAUUUUUCGUAUCCACCACCGACAAUGACCUUGCCGGAGAUAGCGGAGCAAGAACGCGCGAAAGAAUUACAAAUCGAAAGUAUCGAGAAGCAAGAAAUAUUGGAGUACGAAUCCCACUUGGCCGCGGCAUCAUCUAGAAUCCAGCUGUCCGAACAAAAUAGUUUCUUGUUGUCGCACGUGAUUACCAUGGAUCCACAGGGAAUUGCCAGAAGACCGCCGCCGGCCGUGCUCGAAGAAAUAAAAAAUUUGAACACAUCUCAUCGACUUGGUCAUUUGCUUUGUCGAUCACGUAAACCGGAUUUUCUACUGGAUAUCAUUCAAAGACAACAGCAGAGCUCGUCGCAGAGCAUGCCCUGGUUGGCGGAUCUGGUGCAAAAUAGUGAGGGGUCUCUGAGCCAGUUGCCGGUGCAAUGUCUCUGCGAAUAUCUUCUCUCGACCAGUCCGCAGACAGUCGAGAAACAGCCUAGACAGCAGCAGCUAUUGGCUCAUCUUCAAACUCUUUUAACUGAUCCGAAUCAAGAUCAGCAGCAUGCUUAUGAAGUUUUAGAAUACUUCCUAAGACGAUUGAGCAGCCAACAGAGCAAUAGUCGAGUUCAAGCAAUUACUGGAUUGAAAAUGGUUCUUGAUUCGAUACCACUCGAGGAUGAGAGUAUGGACGUGGACGUGGUAGAAUGCGAGAAAGAAACCUGGCUUUUACGUAAACUGCCAUCUAUACCUCAUUUCUUGUCAGUACGUUCGUUAGUUUCUACGGCGUUGCGUGGCGCGUGUCAAGUCGAGAACAGUCCAGAUCUCGUGCACACUUACAUUGCGUAUCUGGCUGCACAUACUGCCGAUGAUGAUUUGCAUGAUUUGACUGAUUUGGCCAACGAAAUUUCUCAAUUAGUUGUUGAGCGUUCCACUAUUAUUGUGGCUAUCCUGCCGCAACCUGAGAGCGAUAAUCCACAAGCCAAGCAAACGCUGCACAAUUUCAUGGCAAUCUUCUGCAAUUACCUCGCGAAAGCGCGAUUGCCUCGUGGAGAGAGUUAUCCAUGGUCCGAAAGCCAGGACCAAAUUUUAGUACAAUGGAGUUCCGGCGUGGAGUGUACUAUGCAUAUCUUAGUAGUGCACGCUAUGAUUAUACUACUUACGUAUGACACAAGCGAAGAUGAUGAAUUGUUCAAUACCUUGUUAGAAACAUGGUUUCCACUCACGGAACAGCCAAAAGCCUUUUUGGUGGAUACUAGCGAAGAAGCGUUACUUAUACCCGAUUGGCUUAAACUACGAAUGAUUAGAAGUAAUGUUCCACGAUUAGUCGACGCUGCUUUGAAAGAUCUCGAGCCGCAACAAUUGGUUCUUUUUAUACAAAGCUUCGGAAUACCUGUAUCAUCAAUGAGCAAACUUCUGCACACUCUCGACGCGGGUGUUCAGAUUGAUCCCAGUUCUGUCGGUGAGGCCGUGCUUGACAAAACGUAUAUGGCGCAAUUGGUCGAAGUGCAACAUCGAAGAGGCGCCACAGGCGGAUUGGUAUUUGUGCAAGUGUUACAGCUGAUGGAACCACAAUUGCCAGACGAGAAUGUCGUAUCGAUCAACAAGUUGCAUCAGCCAUUACCGGCCAGCGCAACGGUACAAAAGCAAUCUGUUAUACAAUGCUCCAUCAAAACAGACGUGCCGCAUUUGAUAAACCGGUUAUUCAUCGAGAACAUUCCGAUGAGUCAGAAGCUAGACGCUUAUCGGCGUUUACACAAAACCCUGGCCAAGGAUCUACAGAAAUCCAGCGCAAAGGAAAGCGGCGCAGCUGUGGUGGCGAUCCAACACAUAUGCAGCGUUCUAAGCUCUAUGCAAGUCGAGCAGUUUCUCGCCUCGCUCGUGCACAUACCUCAGUACUCGUGCACGUUGAUGCGCGUGAUAUUAUUGCCACUUAAAAGACCAUCGACGUCGAAACACGUGAUUGACCUGGCGCGUAACAUGUGUCUGAAUCUGAUCUCUCUGAUAGGCGAUGUCAAGGCGCCAAUAUUGUCGAUUCUGCAGGAUUUCGCUAACGUGCAACUGACCAAGACUCCACAACGCGCGGAACUAUCGAUGUUGAUGAAUCGUGGCGAGAGUCCGGGUUCAAUAUUAGAAAACACGGAUCCCGUUAAUCUAGAAGGAGUGGGCAGAAAAUUGUUAGACUUAUGCUUGAAAGAACAGAAAAACGACGAUCUCGUUGAAGCUAUGGCAAAAUUAUUGCUCAGCGACAGCAACGAAAGUAUGUUGAAACCUCGCAUGGGUCUGUUGAUUGACUGGCUGGCUUCUGUUGAACCCGAGUUGAUCGGCACCUGUCCCAGUCUUCAAAUGAAACUUAUGUUUGGAAAAGUCAAGGUUCACAUCAAUAUCGACAAGAGCGUAGCAAGUUCACAUUCUUGCAGACCUUACUUGCUGACACUGCUAACGCACAGCGCGAGCUGGGCUACUUUGUACAAAUGUGUCAGACACUUGUUGGAUAAGUGCGAUAACGAAUAUGAUCCAACUGCGGUUUUGGAUUUCUUAUGGGCUCUGACGUGUAAUCCCAAGUUGUGGCAAGGUCGGGAUAAAUUCACGCCGAAGCAUUAUGUUCCUGAAAACAUUUUACUGUUGGAAGAACAACAGCUUCUUAAUCUAGUGGCGUAUAUAGUGUCCGAAGCCGUUGUUACAUCUGUUAUGCAAAAUAGAAACGCCGCCCUCGCAAGAAUGGACAUAAGACUCGAUCUUCUAUUACAUUGUAUAUCUACCGAAGACGAACGAAUUUCCAACAUAGUCAAUUACUUGGCGGAACGCAUGAUGGAUAAAACUGACAUAGACUCUGCAAAUAUGGCUCAUCAAUUUUUGCUGCAUAUGUACAUGAAAAUUCCGAAAGUUAUUUGCUAUCUUGACACUUUCCAAUCGAAAAAGUUCGUUAGCGGGGCCAAGAUAACCGAUUGGACAGGCUCGGUGCUCGAUUGCAUGAGCCAUUGUUUGUUGACCGCUCUCGCGGCUACUCCGCGACAAAAAUCUUGGAAUUCCAAGUCUCAGGAAUUUGAACUCUGUGCGAGAAAAAUGGCCGCAGUGCAUCCUACACUUGUGCUGCGACAAUUACCGAUGCUCGCGUCUUCCUUGAUGGGAAGAUGUUACCUUGAUUUUAUUCACUUCAGAUCCGGUCACCAUUUGAAUCUUUUCAAUCAAGUUAUGGGACUGUUGGAACUGCUACAGCCCCACUUAUUCAACAAGGAACACGAGACUCCGUUGGAGAACACUUUGGAAAAUUAUUUCCAAUGUUUUCAGAAUUAUGGAUACGUGAAAGAUCUUGUUCCGUUGCUGAACAGAUUCGUAUCGCUGCUACAAUCGUACAUUUCGCACGACCCACAGCGAGCAAUGAGAUAUUUACAAAAGCACGCGCAAGUUCUGCACGAGUUGCAGCUAAAUUAUCCUAACUUGGUCGCUUUGAGAGCACUUGUGUCGGGAAUACCGAUACCGAGAGAGGGAGAAGACGUGGACGAUAUGCCGAUAGCUGUAGCUCCCAUGCCACAACCUUCAGAACCCACGCAACACUGGCAAUCGCUGUUGACUACUCUCGCAAAGUUGCACGGAGAAGAUGUGUUCAAUGCGCUUCAAGAGAUCGACCAUGUGUCGUCGCGAAAACCUUCAGUCUUGGAGUCCAUAACGGACAACAUAUCGGAGCUGCUUAUGUCACCACAGAAUAACGUCAGAACUCUGGCUCACAAUCUGCUUGCUAGAGCAUUGAAGCAUCGUCCGACGUCACACGCAAACAUACUGUCCGCGUUUCAAAAGUGCUUGGACAGUCAAAGAGCGGAUGUUCUCAUGUCAGCUUUGGAGAAACUGCCGGAUAUCGUCAUGUGUAUGCAAGAACACGCUUUACCGCUGAUGCAGAGAGUGUUUGAAUUGGGAGUAAAUUCGAACGUCAACACGUUACCUUUUAUCAACAAAACUAUUGCGCUGUUAAAUACGCAGCAAGGUUGCUAAUGAGAAAUAGAUUAAUCUAUCUUGUAAAUAUUAAACGUAUAAUUUUUUACUGUUUGAACUAUUAAACGGAAGGGAAAGAGAUGUGUCAUUUUUAUUCCUCUCUCUCUCUCUCUCUCUCUUUUAAGACUGCA